UAGGAGUGAGUCCAAUUGAAGUCAGUGAAACUUAACUUACAAGUAAUAGGAUCAGACUGAAAGGCAGCAAUAUGCUCCGUUUUAAGCGUGUCAUUUCAGGAAUUUAUUAACAAACAAUUUAAAUAGUACUGGGAUGGGAUUGUCUGGGGCUUUUCUUGCAUAACUCCGCAUCUGGUUUUGUUAAGUAGUGCUAAGAAUUCCCAUUGUUUUGUUCACUUAAAAGGAAGGGGGUGAAGUCUUUUGCUGAGCAGUGUAGUUUGUUCCAGAAAAGCAUUUAACUUCACUGAUAGCUUAAAGGUACCAGUGUUCCCACUUUAGUUGGAUGAAUAUCUCAUAAUAAUCCUGGCCAUCACUCUGCUUUACGUCCUUCAUUCCUAGAGCCUCUGUUAACUGGAAAACAAACAAAUGCCAAAACAAAAACUUGAUUUUGCACAAAUCUCACUUAUUUCUUUUACAUUCUUUUUUUUUUAGGAGUAAGGAGAUGAGAAGGGUGGGAGAACAGGACUGUGACUGACUUGAGGCACUUAGCAUACUCACAGACGUAUAGCCAACCCUCACCCCUUUUGAAGUCCAAAUUACAUUUUUUGGUGUGUAACAAAUACAGAGUUCUAUUUUUAAAAAUCAAAGAGAAGGAAGUGUGUACCACGGGACAAAGAUGAUGCAAUCCUGUACACGUUUACUUGGAAUUAAGUCCGUAUUCUGUUAGUUUUACUCUCAGGUACAUGUGCCUAGGAAUGCAGCCUAAAUUAUUCCAGCAACUUGAAAGGAAAUGCUACGAGGAUGUGGGCACACCUAAAUUGUUUAUUGCUCCCCCUGGGCUGUAAUGAUUGAUUUGCAAAGCCAAGCCAUAGAGCAUGUUUUCAAACCACAUUUUCGCAAUGAACUGCCAUUUGUGGUUAUACAUACAAUGUACCCUAACACUGAAGAUAUGGCAAAUAAUUCGGGCAUAGCCUGUUACAGCCACACUAGCGUUGACUUUCAGCUUUCCUGCCCAAUGUUUUAAAGUUGGAAGUUCCAUUUUAGAUUUUCUUCUCUUUCAACUACGUUCCUUUCUUAGCCGAACCAGAUUUGCUCACCCCCCCCAACUCCUUCGGAGCAGAGCUCUGUAUGUAUCAGAUGGAGGGGCCAGCCUCUGGAAAUAGGUUUCAGAUGUUUUCCCUGACCAGUUCCUCAGCCUGCAUCUGUUAAGCUGAGGCGUUUCUAUAGGAACAGAGUGGUGUGACAUCUCUCCUGCUGCUCCCCCAGUGGCUCCCUCCGAGCAUGCCCAGUACAAGUCUUGACUUUGGCUCAAGUAUCCUGUUUGCACUAACGGGCUGCACAUAUGGGACUAUGAACGAAGUCCCCCAUGAGCUGCAAGUCUUUGUCUUUAGGAGGAGGAGGGGGAGAAGGAGGAGGAGGAGGUCGUGCCCCAGGCUGGAGGAUUUGUUCUGCAUACUCCGAGAACUCGGCCCUUUGGGUGGGCUUCUGAAGAAUGCUUGCCUGCUUGGCGCGCGGGAAUUUAUUGGAUAUCCUGCACGAGGGCUUCACGGAGCAACAGCUGCAAGCAUAUGUGGCCUGGGUGAAUUCACAGCUGAAGAAGAAGCCUACAGUUAAGCCAGUGCAGGACCUGAGGCAUGAUCUCCGAGAUGGCGUUGUCCUGGCUUCUCUCAUUGAGAUCGUAGCUGGAGAGAAACUGAAUGGAGUGCAGGUCAACCCCGCCAGCCCUCAAGAAAUGAGGGAGAAUGUGGAGAAAGUCUUGCAAUUCGUGGCAUCCAAAAAGAUCCGUAUGCACCAGACAUCAGCUAAAGACAUUGUUGAUGGGAACCUGAAAUGCAUCAUGAGGUUAAUCCUUGCCUUAGCUGCUCAUUUUAAACCUGGCUCAAGUAAAGCUGCCAAUCAGACCCCAUCGAGCAUGAUGGGAAAGAACUCGGCAGGAACAGGACUGUCAUCAGCCAAUCACAGGCCUCAAUCAGCUGCUGCUGUUGCCCAGGGUGCAGUGGCUGCCCUGGCAGAUGUUCGCCAGGAUGUUUUGCGCUUGGGGCGUGAUGUUCUCCGGCACAGACAAAGAGACAGCAGCCUGGAUGAAGAGAUUGAGCAUCCGUACUGGAGUGUCCGAGCACUGGUACAGCAAUAUGAGGGGCAGCAAAGUGUGCCUUCAGAGUCCCACUCCUCCAGCCUCGCAUCGCCCAGCCCUGUGAACAGUGCAAGGAGCGAGUCCAGUGUUACGCACUCAGAGGAGAAGGCUGGAUUUGACAUUGUUCGUGAAGAGGAAGCAGAUAGCAGAACAGAAGAGACGUGCUCUCCCUUUCCCAUAGAGUUGCAGCAGGCCAGGUGUCCUGCGACGGGCUUGGAGACUGCAUGGGAGGAGCAGCUCCUGGAGCAGCAAGAUCACUUGGAAAAGGAGAUGGAAGAAGCAAAGAAGAUGAUUUCAGGACUGCAGGCCUUGCUGCUCAAUGGGUCGUUACCUGAGGAUGAGCAAGAAAGACUGUUUGUCCUUUGCGAACAAGAUGCCUGCCCCGAAGAGCAGCUGGUCAUAGUCCGAAGCCGUCUGGAUCAGAGCAUGGAGGAGAAUCAAGAGCUGAAGAAAGAGUUGCAGAGGCACAAGCAAGAAGCUCGAAGUCUGCAAGGGGUAAAGGAUGCCUUGCAGCAGCGGUUGGUCCAACAGGAUGCUCUGAUUCUUCAGAUAAAGCAAGAGCUGCUUAGAGCAAACAUGGACAAGGAGGAACUGCAUAGCCAAAAUGCUGAACUACAGAGGAAAGUGGAGGAGCGGAAUCGACUUCUGGCUGAAUAUAAAAAGGAGCUGAGUCAGAAGGAUCGGCACCUGCACCAGCACCAGGCCAAGAUGGAGGAGAUGCUGCGGCAGCUCUCCGAGGCCAGUUAUCACCAGGCGGAGCUGGAGCGAGAGCUGGAGCACAAAGAAGCCCUGUUGGCUCAGUGUAUGAAGAAGGAUGCAGAAGAGGUGAUAGUCUACAGCAGUCAUGGCUCUCAGAGCAACGGCUUCCUGCAGACAUCAGGAAAAGGAGCUGCUUCCACAGCACACAGAGGGACCAACGACCUGCAGCUGGUGCGCGAGGCCCUGCGCAGCUUGCGGAACAGCUUCAGUGGCCACGACCCCCAGCACCAUACCAUCGACAGCCUGGAGCAGGGCAUCUCCAGCCUGAUGGAGAGGCUGCACCGCAUGGAGAUGCAGAAGAGGCAAGAGAGGAGGAUCCAAGGAAAAUCACCUGCCGGCCACAUCACGAACGAGUACCGAGAAUCCUGGCCCUCCAACUCCAAACUGCCUCAUUCUCACAGCACCCCUGCAAUGAGCAGCAGUGCCUGCACCAAAGUGCUCUACUUCACGGAUCGCUCCCUCACACCUUUCAUGGUGAACAUACCAAAGAGGUUAGGUGAGGUGACUCUAAGGGACUUCAAAGCAGCUAUUGAUCGGGAAGGGACACAUCGCUACCACUUCAAAGCCCUAGAUCCAGAAUUUGGCACAGUAAAAGAGGAGGUUUUCCAUGAUGACGACAUCAUCCCUGGGUGGGAGGGAAAGAUCGUGGCAUGGGUGGAAGAGGACCAUGGGGAGAACUAAUGAGAGACACCCGAACUCUCUUUCCUGGCGACCCACCACUGGUCUGCUGCACUUCCCAGAUACUGACCAAAAAAGUUUGUGAACUGAGAUGCAUCUGUCUCGAAACUGCCAAAAGAAAGGAACGGACUUCUCUGCAAAAUGACGGGUAUAACGUUUUGCCACAAGCGAGGAGGAUGUAUGGCACUUGAGUUCCAUGGCCAAAUGUUGCAUUGUUUGAAAGUCCCAUGGUGUGGGGAGUGGCCCGCCUCUCUUUUUCAGUCCUUGUCAGCCUUAAUGGUGUGUUUGUCCCUGCUUCCCCUUCCCGCUGCUGUCAGAGAAUCCAGAGCAUUUUCAUUGGGAGACGUACAGUAUUACAAGGAACCUUGCACUUCAUGGCGGAAGCUUAGAAACUGUGCACUGGAGGCAGGCAGUGCUGUUGCAGCUACAUUCUCGAUAUUGAAAGCUCUCGCCAGCCAAUCAUUCCAAACGACUCUGUGCCAGACAGAUAGCACCGGGAGCCAACGAGACUUUCUUGAGAGAAAGAAGUGGGCUGGAUUGUGGUCCAGAUCACGAGUUGGCAGCAUCAGAGUGGGGUUGGGGGUGUCUGCUUCUGCUUUUCUGGUUUUGCUCUCCUAUCCUGGAACUCUUGAGGGACAUGAAACCAUAGUUGGAUUGCUUUGGGGGGUAUGGGUGAGGAGGCCACAGAAAGGUCCAUGUCUUUGUUUCUCCAGGGAUCAAGUGGCAGAAGAGAUUCCAGUCCAUGCAUUUCUUCUCUUAAACUCCAGUCCAAACAGUAGGAGAAUGUAAUGUUGGGUCCCUUGGAAAUGUGGGUCCUCUGUCUUCUUCCACAAGUCAGUAAGUCGUGACUCUGCUUUUCUCCCAUCACCAUCUGAGUUCUUUUCCAGUCAGCCUGUGCUGAGACUCAUGUGGGACUGGGAUCCCGAUUUGCUAUUUGAAUGCUAUUUAUUUUCAAUGGUUGGACAGUGGAAUGCAUGUUGAACUGUUUCAUGUGGGUCUCAUUGCAAGUUUUCUAGUGAGAGUGUGUGACUGUGUGAAACCACCUUCGGGAAAGCUGAAAGGGAGCAAGGCAUCAGGCACAUAACCUCUCUGGUCCCCUGGUUUACGGUAAAACUGUUGCAUAAAAUCGCCCCACCCCACUUUGUGGUGGCUGUCUUUUUUUCUCUACUGCCCAUGGUGGUUCCUUUCCCUUUGAUUAAGGGGGGGGGGCGACUGGCUUGUUCGCCACAAGCAGAAUCUGCAGUCUUGCCCAGCGCCGCUCAGACCACUCUUCAAGUGUGGUGUGUGCUUGUGGAGAACGAAUUAACCAGUUCUCUGAGCCACAGCAGGCACCAUGAGCAGAGCAGCUGCAUGAACUGGCUCUCAGGCAUAACACACACACACACACACUUUUCAUAGCAUAAUAAAGCUUGGACAGAAAUUGUAGCCGUUAAGGUCACUGGGGUUUAAAUAAGUAGGUUUAAGUAAGAGUCUUUGGGGCACACUUACACAUCAUUUUGGGAUGCAUCCACUUGCUGCUUACAUCUGUUCUCCACAUGCCAAAUUUGGUCUCCUGGUAGUCCAGCCGGCAAUCAGCACUGCUUCAUGUAACAUGAUACUUUUUAGCUUUUCUUGACUAUGGACUUUCUAUGUUUCUAGCAAUGCUCUAAAACGCAGAACUGGGGGGUGCAGGGGGUGCCUCUUGGCAAGUGCACCCAUGGCAUCACUGAACUGAAAAGCAGGUGGCGAGUGGCAAAAUCAGGAAUGUCACUCCAGCUACCAGAGAUUGCUGCCUCCACCAGCCCAUCUCCAUGCAUCUGCAUCUCGUCUUCCAUCCAGCACAGUCCUGUGCGUUGAAGGUGGUUGCAGGCCUGCAUGUCUCUGGUGCAUGCACCAGCACUCUGAAUGACCGUUUCUGUAUGUCAGCCUGUUUCGUGUCCUUUUUCAUGUGAGGCUGGACAUUUGAAGUAAAACUUGGCUUUUAUCAUUUUAUAGAUUUUACACAUGUCCUUUUUGUAAACUUGUUCCUGUUUUUUGGAAUUAUUUUGUAUCCAUUUGCAUUGCUGUUGUUCAAGGAUGGUGUAUAUUUUUAUACCGGUGCAAGUAUUAUUCCCCUCUGUAUAUUUCUGCGCACAUGUUGAGCUGUAUUUUACCCAUUUUUCUAGAGGACACUAGCAGGUUUUGUACCAGCAUCCUGUUAAUGCCGCCACCCCAAGUCGCUCCAAUUACUAGGUUUACUUUACUAUGAAGGUAUUACAGAUUCCUAAUGGUUUUAUAUUUUGCCAGCUUUUUUCCUUGUACUGAUUUCUGUGUUUUUCUGUGUUGUUGCUCUUCCCAAUGCCCUCAGUGUACAGAAAGUGCAAUAGUGCCUUUCCAAACCCUGCCCUCAUUAGAAUCCGUGUCUGCUGUUAGCAAUUCAGAGUGCAAUCCUCGUUGUCCUUCAGAACAGCAACUACCAAGCUGGCUUUUGGAGGUGAGAGCUUAUUACUAAAUGGGAAGAAACAGGGCUCCUCACCCCUGAUAAAGAAAAACUUCCUUCUCCUCAUGGAAUUACUGUUUUUUCUGUUGCAUGAAUUUUACUAGAUUGCGAAAAGACAGCAUGGAAUUAUAUUUACUAAACAAAGAGACAGAGAAGGGAAUUGUCCAGUAGUUUGUUUUCCCCCCAGGAAGAGCUUUUAAGCUCAAACCUGUACUCACUUCUCAACAACUUUAACUUCAGUUUAAUUGAACCAGUUCUUCCUUUUCAGACAGGCUUCUUGGCACUUGGCAGAAAUGUGGUUGUGGUGGCAAGAGGGAGCAAAGAAUACCCUGGUUCAGGGGGGUCACCUCAGGAAAGACUUAAGGGCUCUGGUGGGCUGCAAUCCUACAUACUAUUGGGCUGUUUUAAUACCGUAAACCCCAGUGGGAUUUAGUUAUCCAAAGCGGGUGCAGGGUUUCAGCCUCAGUCUUGUAGCAUUAAGGUUGAAGUAUAUAGGCACCUCUUCACUAUCUAAACUACAGUUCCCUUGAGUCUUUGGGGGUAAGCAGCAAUAUAUUGCUUAAAUCGUAUGAAAGUUUGUCAUGUAGAUAUGCUCCACAUUUACCAUCCCCUCAUAAGGAUGAGGAGCAUUGGGGAGAUACAAAAUGGGUCUGAAAUAAAAUGAAUCAUUCAUGGAAUGAUGGGGGCAAUUGUAUUCCCUAACUGGGUGCCUCUCAGUAUUUUGGACUACAGCUUUUGUGGCUAAUGGGAGUUGUAGUCAAAAACAUCAAGUUGGGCAAGGCUGUAUUUGAGACUAAAAAGUAGGGAGAAGUUAUUGGUUUUUCUCCUCAACAUAUCUAUGCCUGAUUUUUACACAAACUCUAGAGAUGUUCUGCUUCCUUUUGAAAUUCCUCUUUUGAGUUCAUAUCCUUACAGCAUGUCCCAUGCAAGCUAUGUAUAAAAUGCUCUAUAUUUUGUAUAGAAAUUCUGAAGUCUGCAAUCAUUACUAUUACAAGGAGGGUUACUCUCACAACCUCCUCCCUGCACAUUGCUGGCCAAGAGAGAACUGAAGCUUGUUUGUGUGCUGCAACAGUUAAACAUACUUUGGAUUUGUGGACCGAGACUUUAAAGAAAGAAAAAAAAUAACCUCCAAUAAAGAGAGUUCGCAAA